GUGCAUGCUAAUGAGGGGAGUGGUCUGGAGGGGUUGCUGACAUCUUUGAAGCUCCAGCUGACUGACCGCAUGGCACCCACUUUCUACCACUAUCUGCCGGUGCCCAUGGCCGAGAAGUCGGAGGAACAGGGGAGGACGGCCCGCCGGUGGUUGUCGGUGGGCGCGGUCUUGGUGCUCCUACUGCUGGUGGUCUUGAUCACUUUGCUCAUUUACUUUGCCGGCAGAGCCAACAGCGAGGCCUGCAGGGACGGGCUGCAGGCGCGCGAAGAAUGCCGCAACACCACCAACCUGCUGCAGCGCCAGCUCACCCGCUCCCAGGACAGCCUGCUGCAAGCGGAGACGCAGGCAGCAUCCUGCCACCGGACCGUGGUGACCCUUCAGGAGUCCCUGGAGAAGAAGGUGUUUCAGACCCAACAGCAGCAGGCCCAUAUCCAGGAGCUUGAGAAUGAAGUCAUGAAGCUGAAGAAAGAGCUGGAGAAUCUGAGGAACCAGGAAACUUCUAGCACAGAACAGGAGAACUCUGGCAGCUCCAUGGUGGUCUCCAGCCCAUUGGUCCUCCUGGUGACAAUGUUUCUCUUCUUUUGAGGACCCAAUAGCUAGCUAGCAGGCCACAGCCUGUUUUGAUGCGGAUACAGUUGCACCUGUUUGAGGUCACUGUGGCUGGUGGUGGCUCUGGAGGGGCCACGGCAGCCCUGAGAAUGUGUAAACUGAUCAGCAGAGCCCAGAUUGCGUCUCCCUCCGAGCAGCCUUACGAUGGGGGUGGGAAGGUGGGGGUAGGGGUGGGGAUUCUGCUUUAUUGCUUUCAUGGUUUUUGGGAAGAGGUCACUUAUUUCUGAUGUCUUUGAGCCCUGAAAAAUAAAGUAAUUUGGAAGAAAGAGCUUGCUUCUAAGUUGCUAGAACUUAGUCAUUGGGUCCCCUGCUUCCCCAUCCUGCUUCCUCACUUCAGGGGCCACCCUACAAGCUGAGGUGGACACAUGAUUGCUGAGCACACCCGUCCACCUGCCUUUUCUGCUAGCAUUACCAUGAAGGUGUUGGGCGGAGGGCUGCUGCUGACUCUUAGCUGAUUCUUGCUCAUGACUGAUGCUCUAAAGAGAAAGCAGGUGUUGUGCGUCUCUGUCUCCCACAGGAAGCUCUGGGCUGGGAUUUCUACUAGUUAAGGAGCUCUAGAUGUUUUUAGAACGUGUGUGUGUGUGCUGCAAUAAUCGUAGGGCUAAUAAUAAACAUUAUAUAGUUCGA